AUGAAUGCAUAUUUUUUGACAUGGAGAGGGGAGAAGGGACGAGUCGGUGGCUUAUCAACAGCAGUAUCUCCGACGGGUAUAGGAGGUGUUCGUCCAGGAUCAGGAUCUUCGCACGUUCCUUUAGGUCCUUCUUCAUCUGAUUUAAGAGGAGGGAGAGGAGGAGAUAUUGGUUCAGGUGGAGGAGAUGGAGGAGUAGGAAAUCUCCACCAUCUAGGAGGAGGAGGUCGAGGAGGGCGUAGUGCACCUGCUGAUCCUGCUAAGGCUGUGUGGCAUUCGUUAGGAUUACCACAUUUUAGGAGCAGCAAAGUUCAAGAUGUAUUGGAAUAUUGGCAUAUUGAAGCUUCAGGAAACUUACUAGAUUCUUUCCAUUUGCAGGAGUUGUUAAGGAGUUACCUUACGGUUCUUGAUUGGGCAGGCAGAGGAUCACACGGAACGGAUAUUGAAACCCGCAAGACGAAAGCUGUACAUACACUUGGAGUGUAUUACGUUCUUCGUGGUCGGCUCCUUCAACUUUCAUCACUUGUACGGGAAAGCAGUAAAUUCUUCUGUAAAGAAUUAACAAAAAGACAUAAUUUCACCGCACAAAUGGCAAGAGUAUUAAUGCCUUUCUCUCGUCUUGCUAGAUACUCUCUAGAUUCCCUUGAAUAUCUCCUUGAAUACUACAAGGAACUCACUGCAGCUAUUAUUGGCUCCGUCGUAUACCCCCUUCUUGUUACUCGUACAUAUAGUCGCCUUCAUAGAAGCUUACAAACUGCAGGACAAUUCUUUGCUGCAUGCGUGCAUGCACAUAAAAUUGGUGUUAGUCUGCAACAUGAAAUCGCCGAGAUCAGGGGACUUGGUGGUGUGGUGCUGCCUGCCCCUUCUGCUUAA